AUGGCUGUAGAGCAGUUUUUCAUAAUAAACAAAUCAGGAGGAAUGGUCUUCAAAUAUGAAAGGGAAGGAGAGACGGAGAUAAACAGUCUUUUAAUAUUAACAAGCUCCUUAUAUUCAGUAAGUGUGAUAUUGACGAAAACGAUAGAUGGACCUGUACCAAGGCUGGUCGUUUACUUUAGGAAUAGAGUCAUUACCAUCUUCAGAACAACUACAGGCACAUCAUUUGUCUUUGUUGCGGAUAGGCCGGUAGAUGCCCUCUUCGAGAGAAUUUACUCUCACUACUGCCAAUACGUGACAAGAAAUCCGUUCCACUCUCCAGAAAUGCCCAUUCAGUGCUCGAAAUUCAAACCACAUCUUAUGUUCGAGGGUUAG